GGUAAUAACAAUCCAACCUGUCCCUCCUGAUUGGCGAGGAAGAGAUAUCCAACAACUUUUACGUCUUUCUUUUGGUGUUUCCCUAGAGACAGAAGACAUAGUAUUUUCUUAUGGACGUAGAGGAGAGCAGCAGCAACUUUGCUUCUGCUGCUGCCGCAGCGAAAAGGACGCGCUGCUGCUGCUGCAGCAACUGCAGGAAUUCCCUGUCCCUAAUCAUCCUGCUUAUCCUGAUCUAUUUGGUUGCUCCUUCUUAUAUGCCAGUCGAGCCGCGCUCUUUGUGUCUCAUGAAGAUUUAGAUUAUCUAACAGUUCUCCGCAAGUUCCAGGUAUUUACGUACGGAUGGCAACCUGAUGUAACAGAAGGAGAAUUUAAGGGUUUACUCCGUCAAUUAAAAAUAUUUCCUGCAGCAAUAAAACGCAUGCAAUUAAAAGGAUGGAAGGAGACAGCAUUCUUCCUACAAUUCGAUAGAAUGAGGGAUGUUAAGCUUGUUAUGGGUUUACCGUAG